AUGAGUCCUGCGUGCUCAAAGUGGAGCCUUCCAGAGUUUAGAAUGAUCGUCGUUCUUCAGUUCAUGGCAUUCUGUCUUGCCCUGGUAUCAACCGUCUUCCUCAUUGUGGCCACAUGGACCGACUGCUGGAUGGUGAAUGCUGAUGAUGACUGGGAGGUCAGUCAGAAGUGCAGAGGACUAUGGUGGGAAUGUGUCACCAACACGCAAGAUGGCAUCCGCACUUGUGACCAGUACGAGACCAUACUUGCAGAGCAUCCAUUGAAAAUAGUGCUCAGUCGUGCCCUGAUGAUCACAGCUGAUAUCCUGGCCAGCUUUGCACUCAUCAUCCUUGUACUGGGCUUGGAUGUCAUCAAACUGCUCAAGGAAGAGCCACACGUCAAACUAAGGAUAUGUUACUUUGCAGGGUUCAUUUUUGGCUUGGGAGGAAUCCCUGGAAUGAUCGGGUCUGUGUGGUAUGCUGUGGAUGUGUACGUAGAGAGGGCCACCCUCGUCUUGAAGAACGUCUACUUAGGAAUGCACUAUGAGUUUGGCUGGUCCUGCUGGCUGGGAAUGGCAGGUUCAACAGGAUGCUUCCUAACCUCCAUUGUGCUGACAUGCUGUCUAUACAUUUUUAGAGAUGCCAGGUCUUCACACUACAACAGGUCAAUAUACAAGUAUGGGAGAACGGCAGCUGGAAAGAAGUAUGCCAUGGAUUCUCGGGUGUAG